CGGCAUCCCUUGAUCCGGGGCUGUAACCGUGGAAACGACAGGAAGGAGACGUGUCCAGGAAGAGAGGAGACGAGGAUGGGGAAAAAGAAGAGGGAGAAGAUCAGUGUGGCUAAAGAGAUAGACGGGAUGGAGGACCGGCUGGCCGCCUGCAAGGACAGCCUGGAGGACGUGGACUACAAGCUACGUAAACCGGAGCUAACGGAGGAGGGGAGAAAAUCUUUGGAAAAAGAAAAGAAUUCUCUGACCAACAAGAAGUCUCAUUAUGAGAAAGAGCUGAAAUCUCUGCGCCACGAGAAUCGCAAGAAUAUGAUGCUGUCCGUCGCCAUCCUAAUGUUCCUCGUGUUGGUGUAUUACUGCUGGACCAUGUGAGGGAAGAAGACGGAUCCGCAUUGGCCGGGUUCUCUGUGACGGAUUUCCCGGCAGGAAGGUGAAGAGCCGUCUCUGGAUGGAGAGAUGUGAAUGUAGCGAGAAGAACUCUCCCGCCCUCCCGAUUGUGAAUGUAUUGACCUUCUCCAGCACUGUCCUGACGAUCGACAAUCCCGGACGGAUCGGGUUUUUUUAUUGCUGCUCCAUGAAGCCAUAUCCCUCCUAAAAUUGGCAAAGUGCCGUAAAAAA